AUGGGCAGCGGCAUUGAAGAUGCUCUGGAUCUUUUGGAUGGCAUCGAGGACUUUGCAACUUUCCUGACUUUGCUCGUUGCAAGGCCGAGUGAGACCUCAAAUCAGAGCCACUUGAGUUGCGGGGAACAUCACUUGACCGACGGCUUCUUGGGUCGCCAAGCACAGGACAGGGAUGCGGACAUGGGCAGCGGCAUUGAAGAUGCUCUGGAUCUUUUGGAUGGCGUCGAGGACUUU